GGUUCAAAGGCGCAUGCGCCGCCCCUGGGCCUCGUUGCAGGAAGCCCGAUCUUCUCUGCCGUCCUCCAGUUGACGCGGACACCCCGUCGCGAGUCAGGCUUCAUCCCCUAUCGAUGAGUUCUGAGGCACAGUACUGCCAAUCACCCUUACCUGUUACUGCAGAUCUGGCAGCACGACUGACCGAUAGCUCAGUAGGUUUGCACUGAGAAUGGAGCAAUUUCCUCUAAUCUACAAGGUAGUGCGUGUCAGGAAAAAUAUGCCGGGAAAGCGGUGAACUGGAUGAGGUGCUGGAUGCUGAAAAUGAGGAGUCGACUAAUUUCCCCACUGACUUAGGAGAACUCAACACAAAAUGGCGGAUCAUGAUCCUUUUGAUGACGAGCUGGUGUCCAGUAACACAACUCAGAGAAACUGGCGUGGUAUCCUCAUAGCACUUUUGGUCAUCGUUGUAGUGCUAGCACUGAUUGUAACUUCUGUUGUAUUGCUGACACCGCCAGAUGAUGGACCAAGAAUCAAGGGAGAACGGUUCAAGCUGACUGAUGUCAUUGGAAGGGAAUUUCAGCCAUUGAGAUUCAAUGGAACUUGGGUAUCAGAUGAGGAACUCCUGUUCAAAGAUCACUUAGGUGGAAUCAGUAUACUAAAUGCUUCCAAUAUGACUGUGAGAACCCUAAUGUCAAACCAAACCUAUUUUAGGCUGAAUCCUGCCAGAUUUCAGCUGUCGCCCGAUCAACGAUAUUUGCUGCUGGCCCAAAACGUGCAGAAACUGUUCAGGCAUUCCUAUCUGGCCCAGUACACGAUAUACGACAUACAGACCGGAAACGAUUUUCCUUUGCGACCUCUACCCGAAAUCGACAAUCAUCCAUACCUCCUGCUUGCAAGAUGGGCACCGAAAGGUCAAGGACUCAUCAUGGUACAAGACUACGACAUCUACUACAGAAAAACACCUACAUCCCAUUCUGGCUACCGAAUCACAAAUACUGCAGUUCCUGGUGUGGUCAGUCAUGGCGUUCCUGAUUGGUUGUACGAAGAAGAAAUUUUGGGUUCGAACUCCGCCUUGUGGAUGUCCAACGAUGGUCUCCUCCUAGCUUUCGCCUCGUUCAACGACAGCCUAGUCGAGGAGCUCAGGUUCCCUUGGUAUGGAUCCACAGACGAAACCAGGUUGUAUCCCGAUAUAAGAUCGCUCAGGUAUCCUAAACCUGGAACAAGAAAUCCGAAAGUCACCUUGACGAUAGCCGAUCUCGCCGAUAUCUCCAAUGUCAAAAUGAAGAGGGUGCUGCCACCAUCGGCGCUAGCCAGAACGGAAUACUAUUUCACAGCCGUAUCCUGGAUUAGCCUCACAGAAAUAAGUGUAGUAUGGAUCAACCGACCGCAAAACUUAUCCAUUGUUUCUAUUUGCACGAGUCCUAAGUGGGAUUGUAAAGAAACUCAGCGUGUAACCAGCGACGGCAGCGGGUGGGUAGACAUGGGGGACAGCCCCAUCUUCGGCAGGGACAGCUCCACUUAUAUCACAGUGGCGCCGGUGAGAGACGGGCCGGCAGGUUUCUUCAGACACGCUGUGUAUGUGAACAUACCCAAACGUAGGAUAAUUCCACUGACUCAUGGAAAGUACGAAGUGACUAGGAUUCUGACUUGGGACCAUUCGAACGAUGUUAUAUACUUCCUGGGAGUCCCCAAGAACAAACCAGGCCAACAACACCUCUACAGAGUGACAUCAGUACCACCACGCACAGGCGCAGUCCUACCUCCUCCAGUCUGCCUCACCUGCAUACCAGAUCCUGUACCUACAGAACCCCCGUACUUCAUGGACGACCUGUACCUCACCAAGAUCAAGCAACUCGACGAUGACGACGACACAGCCACCAUAACCACACCAACUCCCCGAAGAAGACGUCCGAAGAAACAAAAAGCCCCAGAAUCUGAAACUCCAUGUCUCUACCACAACGUCAUCUUCAGCCCCCACUCCAACUACUUCGUGCUGGACUGUCUAGGACCAAGCGUACCAACAUCCUCGCUGUACAAAACGAAGAUGCCAAAACCGGAAUACCUCACGUGUCUCCAGAACAACACCGUGCUCAAGGAGAAGCUGCAGACGAUGGCGAUGCCGCAGAUUAAGACAUUCCCGGUGAUAAUUUCCGGUGGGUAUCAAGCCCACGUGAGACUCCAUCUGCCUCCAGGUCUUAGGGAAGACGAGAUCACUAGGUACCCUCUGGUGGUGCAGGUCUAUGGAGGUCCAGGAAGUCAGCUGGUGACGGAACGUUGGAGGAUGGACUGGAACACCUUCCUUACAGGCAAUAAGGACUUUAUAAUUGCUCAAAUAGAUGGAAGGGGGAGUGGGGGUCAAGGUCAACAGCUUCUGCACAAGGUCUACUAUAAGCUGGGGUCGAUUGAGGUGGCUGAUCAACUUGAAGUCACUGAGUACUUAAGGGACACAUUGCACUUCAUCGAUAAGAAAAAGGUUGCUGUUUGGGGGUGGAGUUACGGAGGGUUUGUGGCAGCUUUGGCAUUGGCUAACCCCAAAGCUGUGUUUCAAUGUGCUGUUGCAGUGGCGCCUGUUAUCAACUGGAAAUUGUAUGAUUCCGCAUACACAGAAAGAUACAUGGGGCUCCCCAACGUAACAGAAAAUUAUAAGGGUUACGAUGAAGCCGACGUGUCCAAAAAAGCUCAGUUCUUCAAGGACAAAAUGUUCUAUUUGGUACACGGGACAGCAGAUGACAAUGUGCACCUACAGCAAAGUAUGGCUAUGGUCAGAGCUUUAAGUGACGCUGGCGUCAUUUUUAGACAGCAGAUAUACGCGGAUGAAAACCAUGGACUCGGAGGAGUAAAGAAACACCUAUACAGAAGUAUGGCCCAGUUUCUAGAAGACUGCUUCCAGAAGCAAGUGCCCCCUGAGUUCAAAGCGGGGCUGCGAAAUGACCCCGAGUAGUAUACAAUCGACGAUUUUAUUUCUGGAGGUUAACAUUGAUUUUCGUAUUUUGAAAUGACAUUAAGAAGAAGAAGAAGAAGAACGAGAACGGAGCGCAUAGAGAAUUUCUUCUUAUUCCACCGCUACAAUUAUAGAAUAUUCACCCACCAUCAGAACUCAGUUAUGUACUUCGAAUGAAUGACUUGAGGAGAAUGUGGUGAUCUAACUAUUCUGCCAACCUUGCCUAUGGCCCGGCUUAGUUUUCUGCCUUGACAAAAAUUAUUGUUGCGUCCAAUUCGGUGUGGACGCAUCGUGUGAUGAAAGUGCCAAAUUUUUUGAUGUUUGAUGUUUUCAUACGAAAAAUAUAUACUCGUGACAACAAUCGACGGCCACCUGUGUGUGGUCCAUAUGGCUUAGAAGCUCUCAGGAACACGAAAAAAUUUGAUGUUUCGUCACCUUUAUAAAGAAAAUAUUGUGAUAAUGCGGUAUUACGGAAACGAAUACCCAUGUUACUAUUGUUUGGAUGAAUGAAAGAACUGCAGAUGUCAGCUCUUCGCAGAUAUUUGAAAUUUAGUUUUAAACUGGACCUCUAAUAGAUUUUGCUACCUCUUCUAAUGAUUAAAAUUGAUUUUUUUUGAAAAUAGUAAAAAUUUAAAUACUCUGACAUAUCAAUGUCAAGUUGACACUUGACAUUAGCAUUAUUCUAACCUAACUAAUAGAAUUUAAUCUCGUCGUUACCGUAACAUUUUUAUAUAAGGUGCGCAACUAAAUUCCCGCUAUUUUUUGAUGAAAAUCUAUCUUUGUUGUGAAGAAAUGGUUACAAAUGAAUUAUUCGUAUUGUUCAAUUUAGCUACAAUUUUUUCUCAUCUUUGUGGUAGAGCUCGAAUACUGUGUUGAUCUUUUGGGGCUAUAUCCACGAAUCAAGCCAUUUUUUGAUUUCUUCAUAAGAGUGGGACUGCUCAUCAUUGACCGGAACAAGUAAUAAUCUGGCGGUGCAAUAUCAGAGGAAUACAACGGCAUAGGUACGUAGAACGUCCCAUUUGAGCGGUUUUAGAUUCUAGAUAGGUUUUAACGGGUUUAGCAACUUUAUCGUGUCUAUGCUUGUAUUAUGGGCGUUUUCCGGACAGUGCUUCUGCUCAAUCGCAUCAAUUUAAGUCGAUACCGUUCCCCAGUAAUGCUUUCACUCGGUUUCUUCAGCUAACAAUACACCGACCUGAUCCCACCAAUUACAUAGCAGAACCUUCGAAUCGUGAAUUCUUGGUCGAGGCGACAACGUAGAAGCAUGACCGGGCAGUCCCCAUGACUUUAUUUUCUUUGGGUUGCCGUCAUAGAUCCAUUUUUCAUCCCCUGUCAUGAUGCGAUGUAAACCCUUCCUUUUUUUUCUUCUCAGGCGAAAAAACGACGUUCAAAGUCUCUUGGCUUCAAUUCAUAAGGAAGCCAGGUUUCCUGUUUUUGAAUUAUUCCAUUUGAUGAUUACUUGUCACAAAACCAGACAUUCACAGUUCACACAACCAAAAGUACAUGACGCCAGAAAAAUAUCACUAAUGUGUUAAAACAGUUUGUUUACCUUAUGGUUGAUGAUGUUCUGGAAAUGUCAAAAUGGACAGCACUUAGUACAGUGACGACACUGCGUUUUGAUUGGUUGGAGCCCUAUCCGCCAUUAAAGGUCGAACUUUCACCAGAGAUCUCUGAUUUUCACUAUUUACAUUCACAUGCUUUGAAGCAUUCCUGUUUGACUUGUUAGUGAUUGCGACUGGUUUAGGGGGUUCAAAAAGACACCACCCCCCCCCCCAAAAUGUGAAUCUCUUUCUCUUUAAUGGCGGAUGGCCGGAAUUGUCAUUGUGGUAUAUACAGUCACUGUAGCACUUAGGUACUGGUAGAGCCAUCUAUUGACCAACAGCGGGAACUAAGUUGCACACCUCAAAAAUAUAGCAGUUAUUGGAAGUAUAUUUUUCAAAAUGUUGAAUCUUCAGUACUCAUUUCAAUUCUAAUUAAAUUCAUACCUACCAUAGCUGAUAUGUUGAUGAAAUUUUCAUACAGAAAUGCAUUAAAUAAAUGGCAAACAAAAUCUUUUAUGGGUCCUAAAGAAUAAAACACCAGCUAGUAUUUAUCGAAAUUAAAAAAGAGGUGUACAAAUAAAAAACCAUGACUUGACGGUAGUGGUCUAAUACGAGUGUCCUAAACAAGAAGUUGCAGAUGUCGGUUUUAUGGCUUUAUUUGAAGACUUUCUAUCUCAUCUGUCCAAUAAAACUCAUCUAGUAAAACCGCUUCUCAAUGAGUCCAGGUCAUCCUCUUCGGCUAAUAUAAUAGAUCAUUUGCUACAUGAUUUGUCAUAAAAAAAUUAUUACAAUAAAAAUAGAUUCUUGAAAAAUGAACGGAGUUGUUAA